GUUGGCCACGGCGGCGGCGGCGGCGGCGGCUGUCAGAGCUGGACAGGGACCGCGCGCGCAGCAGCCAUGGAGGGUCAGCGCUGGCUGCCGCUGGAGGCCAAUCCCGAGGUCACUAACCAGUUUCUUAAGCAAUUAGGGCUGCAGCCUAACUGGCAGUUUGUUGAUGUCUAUGGUAUGGAUCCUGAACUCCUCAGCAUGGUACCAAGACCAGUCUGCGCAGUGUUACUUCUCUUCCCUAUUACAGAAAAGUAUGAAGUAUUUAGAACAGAAGAAGAGGAAAAAAUAAAAUCUCAGGGACAGAACGUAACAUCAUCAGUAUAUUUCAUGAAGCAAACAAUUAGCAAUGCCUGUGGAACAAUUGGACUGAUCCAUGCUAUUGCUAACAAUAAAGAAAAGAUGCACUUUGAAUCUGGAUCAACCUUGAAAAAAUUCCUGGAGGAGUCAAUGUCAAUGAGCCCGGAAGAAAGAGCCAGAUACCUGGAGAACUAUGAUGCUAUUCGAGUUACGCACGAGACCAGUGCUCACGAAGGUCAGACUGAGGCACCAAGUAUAGAUGAGAAGGUAGAUCUUCAUUUUAUUGCAUUAGUUCACGUAGAUGGGCAUCUCUAUGAACUAGAUGGACGGAAACCGUUUCCAAUUAACCAUGGGAAAACUAAUGAUGAAACUUUGUUAGAGGAUGCCAUAGAAGUUUGCAAGAAGUUUAUGGAACGUGACCCAGAUGAAUUAAGAUUUAAUGCAAUUGCUCUUUCUGCAGCAUAGCUUGUUAAUAACAGGAAUACCAAAUACUGUAUUAUUUGCAACAAAAAAAUUAAGUUUCUGCUGCCAUACACUAACUCAAAUGUUUUGAUAUUUUC